AUGGCCACAGCUAUCCCUAAAGGUUCCACAGUCCUCGUCACAGGCGUAAACGGCUACAUCGCCUCCCACCUCGCAGAUCAGCUCCUCUCCGCUGGCUACAACGUCCGCGGGACUGUCCGCAACGCUUCUCGCACCCAAUGGAUCAGAGAUCUGUUCGACGAGAAGUAUGGGCCGGGGAGGUUUGAGACGGUCGUCGUGCCGAAGGUGGACGCGGAGGGAGCAUGGGAUGAAGCAGUAAAAGGUGUCUCUGGGAUCGCGCACGUCGCUACCAACGUCUCCCUCUCCUCCAAUCCCCACGAGGUAAUCCCUGAGACCGUCUCCGGAACCCUCUCCCUCCUCCGCGCCGCCUCUCUCACUAAAGGUGACACACCUCUCCGCUUCGUCUACACCUCCUCCUCCAGCACUACUGGCUUCAUCGUCCAUAACAAGCCCCGUGUCAUCACUACCUCCACAUGGAACGACGAGGCGCCCGAGUUAGCAUGGGCUCCGCCGCCGUAUACUGAUCAGAAGAAGUGGGCGGUUUACGCGACUAGUAAGAUGGAGUCGGAGAAAGCCUGUUUCAAGUUCGCGAAGGACUUGGAUGCGGAGAUAAAGGCGGGAACGGCGGGACAGAAGAGGAGACUUGUAGUGAAUAGCGUGUUGCCGUGCGUGAACUUCGGACCGUCGCUGCAUGACACUCAGAGCUCGGAGACGUUGGUCUGGAUGCGGAGGUUGGUUAAGGGCGAUACAGGAUUUAUAAAGGACGCAGUUCCUCCUCAAUGGUUCGUCGAUGCACGCGACUCCGCCCGCCUGCACGUCGCCGCUCUGACAGACCCCAACGUCGUCUCCGAACGUAUCUUCGCCUAUUCAGAGACGUUCAGCUGGUCCCGCGUCCUCGCUAUCCUGCGUCGCCUUUACCCCGACCGAGAAUGGCCGGAGGGUCCCAAGGACGAACCAGAAGAUCUGAGUACAGUGGACGCUCGGAACAGGAGUGUGGAACUGUUGAGGGGGAUGGGGAGGGAGGGUUUCAUUGGGUUGGAGGAAAGCGUGAAGGCUAGCGCUGAUCUGAUUUUGCAUGGGUAG